UAUCUGAUUCUACCACCUGACUCGCGUGUGUCCACAUCGUCAUCGUUCAGUCUUGCCUCCACUUCCAUCCGGGCGUGUUUUUCAUCUUCCUAAACAUUCGUCGCGCGGCUACUAGUUCUCCACUCGACUCUUAGAAGAGUAUCGGAGAUUCAACAGGGUUUCAGAUAAAAAUACUUCAUUUAAUGACUCCUUUUGCUGCUAUCUAUCGGAAAUCUAUUUGGAUAAUGAAGAAUACAUGAAAGUUAACAGAACGCUUUUGCGGAUAACCUUUACAAUUCUCAAGUCCGCUACAUGAAUGCCAAGGAUGGAUCCCGUUCAAAUCUGGAAAGCUCAAGCGAGGAUAAUAAGAACAAAACAGAGAAUGUCGAGAAGGAAGAUGAAAAUCCCGGAGAGGAAGUGGUGACAAAGACGGAUGCGACAAAUUGUGAUACAGAAGUCAAAGAGAAACCAGACUGUUCGGAAAAUAAAAAUGAGUCGUCCUUAGAACUGCCUUUAGAACCAACCCUUCAUGAGCGGUUUUUGUGUAUCAAGCAAACCGUGAAGGACGCUAUAGCUGCCCAUCAUACUUUUAUGAUUUACGGCAAGUCACGGGUCAUUCGCGAUUGCAUGCUGAAGCGAGGAUGGUGUGAGAAAUUUUAUCGUAGAAACAGCGGCGGUAAUAAAUCACGCGAUCUGCAUUUCGGCGUCGAUUCCAGUCCGGUACUUCUACUGGCUAGUAUCGGCGAUCUGAAGGAUCAGCAAAGUAAACGUCUAUUAAUAUCGAGAAUGCUCACCAAUCACACCGUCGAUUUCUUAUGGAACACUGGAUCUGACUGGCCCGGAUGGCCUGCCCAAGACAACAAAACCACUGUGUUCAAUCGAUAUUGUCGAGCUGGAUUUACAUCCAAGGUGGGCUUGUGUUCAAGCGUCAGGCAAAUGCACUGGUAUUACGAAGCUGGAGUGGCUAAUACUUUGUUUCCGCGUUGCUAUAACAUAUGCCAGAGCGAUCAGAUGCACGCCUUCAUCGAAGACUUCCGACUUACAAGCUGUUCGAGUCUCUUAAAAUGGUUAGUGGAUAAGGCCAAUGUCGAAGACGAAGACGCCGUCCGUUCUCCAACCGGUACAGUGCCUCUGAAAGCCCUUGACUUUGCGAUCAAAAGAUGUAGCGAUUAUAUCAGCGUCCAAUCGCAUGAGGAUAUUGAUCAGGAAGCUGAAAGGGUCUGGUCUCACCAGUGGGACCAAUUUAUCAGCUGGUAUUAUCAGAUCGUACGCGGUCAAGCUCUCUUUGUUCGUACUAACGUCCCCUUUAAUAAAUAUAUCCUGGCUUCGAAACACAUAUUAAAGAAGAUGAGAAAGUAUUGGCCGCAGAUAGACAUGGACGGUGUAAUGAAUAUGUGGAUUCUGAAACCUGGAAACAAGAGCCGAGGACGUGGUAUUGUUCUAAUGAACAAACUAGAAGACGUGGUAGCGAAAAUAAAUCCAACAGGCAAACCAGACACGCGAUAUGUCGUACAGAAAUAUAUUGAACGGCCAUUACUGAUUUACAAUACAAAAUUCGACAUAAGACAAUGGUUUAUCGUAACAUGCGCUCAACCUUUAACUCUCUGGAUAUAUAGAGAAAGCUACCUCCGUUUUUGCUCACAAAAGUUCACUCUGGAUGACUUCCACGAGUCGAUUCACCUGUGCAAUCACGCGAUUCAAUGCAAAUAUGAUAACUGUGGUGACAGAGACUCUGCUCUACCCACGGACAAUAUGUGGGACGCCACGACAUUCAAGGAAUUCCUCAGAUCUCAGGGUCACAGUAAUGCAUGGGAUGACUUAAUCUAUCCUGGAAUGAAACAAGGUCUAGUGGGCUCGUUAUUGGCCAAUCAAGAAGCUAUGGAUCGACGGAAAAACAGUUUCGAACUGUACGGUGCCGAUUUUAUGGUCAUGGAUGACUUUUCUGUAUGGUUGAUCGAGAUCAACAGCCAUCCGGAUAUGAGCUACUCCACUAGUGUUACUACGCGAUUAUGUCGACAAGUGAUGGAAGAUACCAUUAAAGUCGUGAUAGACUUUCGAGAAGAUAAAAAUGCAGACACUGGAAACUUUGAGUUAGCGUAUAAGCAGAGAAUGCCAAGCUGCCAGCCGUACUUAGGCGCAGCUUUGUCGCUUCAGGGUACUCGUAUCACCACCUGCGAGAGGAAAUCGAGUCUAUAUCAAACUCAAGAUUCGAAAUCCAGUCUAGUCACAAAAUCUCCAAUGACGAAGAAGAAGUCGAUAGUGCAUAAUGAUAUUGGACCAGAGAUCGUUGAUCUUAUCGAAGAAUUGGAGAUUCAGCUAGAUCAAGAGUUGCAUUCUUAUUACAAUACAAAUUCACCCAAGUCGAGAUCAGCACUGUCGGCGACUGUACCGGCGAAGGCUUUGAUUUCUGAAGAGAAAGUGGAAACCGUAACAAAGAGUACUUCAGCAGGUAUAACUAUUAAUAAGACACCUAUGAAUACAUCUAUUAACAAGACAAAGUCACCAACUCCGUCCAGAACUAACGUCCAGAAUCACACAAAAUCUUCGAAUAACGGAAAAAGAUCAUCGAAUAAACUGACACGAAAAUUACGCACGUCCACCGGUACUAUAAAUAACAAAUUGGAUACAUCUCCAAGACAAACAUUGAUCUCGAAGAUCAUGGCUCUUCAGGAGCAAUCGACAAACGUGGCGCCUAAAUCCGAGAAACCGUUGAGAAAAAAUGAUGAGAAGAUUAUUAAAACUGCCAUGCGAGACGCCGUGAAAAAGUACAAAAGAAACGUAUCUGUCCGGCCGGAAGUACCGCCACUGCCAUCUCUACUUAUGCCAACAGCGAAUAUUACUUCCAUGUCAAUGGCGAAGAGCAAGAACCGGAGCUUCCCAAAAAAACAAAUACAUCAUAAAAGAAAUAAAAUUCUAACGAACAUCUCUGAUAUGUAUGCUGUCGGUUUGAGCUUGACCAAAUAAUCAAAAAGCUCAUCAGUUACUCGUUGUUUGUUAUGUUUAUCUUUACUGUUGAUCAAUUCUUCAAUUCUAUCUACAAGUAAAUAUGUAUACAACUAAUAAAUGUUAUAUCUCUGUGAUUGAUAAUGAAUAAAUGUUAUAUCUCUGACAAUAA